AUGUCAAGAAAAAACAUUCAGAAAUCUAAUACAUUACAACUAGAAACUAAUGGAAAAUGCUUAAUGGACCAACUAUCAUCAUCAUUAUCAUCAUCAUCAUCAUCAUCGACAAAUAAUAAUCAUAAUAAUAAUGAUCCAAUUAAAACUGAUCUAUCUCAAUCAUCAUGUUUACCCACUACAUUAUUUUCUAAUUAUUCAAUGCAUUCAAUACAUAAUCAUCCUAUAUACACUACAAAUCUAUCUAAUCUAACUUCAUCAUCAUCAUCCAUACUCUAUAGUAAUACUAGAUUGAAUAAAGAUAAUCAUUGUAUGAAUGAAACUAUUCAAACACAUAGACUAUUUGAUUCAUUUAAACAAACAAAUGUAAAGUGUAGUAAUGAUACAUUGUUAAUUCAUCAAGGAAUCAAUCAGAAAACAAAAUCCUCAGAACAAUUAACAUUGAAUAAUGAUGAAAUGAUGAUCAUUAGACGAAGAUUACCACCAUUAGGUAAAAGUGAUAGUAGUGAAACAGGUUUACAAAUCGAUAAUAAUAAUAAUAAUAAUGAGACUAAUAAUAGUAUCAUUACUAUGGCAACUAAAAUUGUAAUUGAAUCUGAUUCCAAUGAAAAUUCUAAUGAUAAAAAUAGUCAUAUUAAUAAAUAUAAAACUAUUGAAGGAGGAUAUAUAAGUAAUGAAGAAAUUGCUAGUGGGAAAAUGUUACAAUGUCAAUCAGAUGUAGUGAAUAUUGAACAUAAUGGACUAACAAAACCAACUUUCCCAAUCACAUCAUAUUCUAGUCUACGUGAUAUUGAUAAUGAUCAAAGCAUAUGCCGUUAUUGUCAUAAUCGAUUGCCAAGUUGUACACAUCAAUUGAAUUUACUUCAACCUACAGAUAACACUACUAUUACUACUACUACUACUACUACUACUACUACUACUACUAAUAUUAAUAAUAAUAUUAAUAGUAGUUUAUCAACUAGUAUGUUGGGUAAUCGACAAAAAUCCACAUCAGCUAUACCAUCAUGUUCAACAUAUGAAAUUAGACCAAAUACAACAGGGAAAUUAUCAGAGUAUAAACAUGAAUCUUAUGAUCCUUUAUCUAAUAAUAAUAAUAAUAAUAAUCCUUAUUUUUAUAAUAAUCAUCAUAAUGGUAAAGAUAAUGAUAAACUAUUAUUUCCUGCUAAUUUCUGUCAUGAUAAUUUAUGUAUAAUAACACCAAGUCAAUAUUCAAUUAAUUAUGUAACAAGUGUUCAAUGUUCACCAUCACAUCAUACAUAUCUUGAAUUAAAUAAAUCAAAUCUUUCAUAUACUACUUCCAUCACUACUACUACUACUACUACUACUACUAAUACUAAUACUGAUACUAAUACUACUAACAAUAAUAUAAGUAGUAAUAAUGAUCAUGUACAAAGCUUAAAUUAUCUCCAUAGUAAUACAUUUAAUACUCCAAAUCAUUUUACAGGGGAAACACUUUUAAUACAUACUAACAAUAGUAAUGAUAAUGAUAGUAAUCAUAAUAAUCAUUAUACAAAAUCAUGUACAAAAGUGGAUCAAUCUCAUUCCGAGUCCAUAAGUGGACCAUUUCGACGUAUAUCAUUAUAUUUUACAAAUGAUACUCAAAAUACUAAUAAUACUAAUAGUAAUGACAAUCAUAGAGAGAAACCGCAACAAUUCAAAUCAGUAAUUCGUAAUAGUAUUCCAAGUUAUUCUAUAUUACGUGGUUCAUUAAAAAGUUAUAUUACUGAAGCUACAUACAGAACUAAUGGUAAUCGUGGUAUAAAAACAGUAAGUCAUCAACAUACAAUAACUGUACCAACAGAUUCAACGAAUUCAUGUCAAGCUUCAUUAAUACGAAUCCAUACUACUACUAAUAAUAAUAAUAAUAACAAUAAUAAUAAUAGUAAAGGUAAUAAAAAUACAAAUGAACAUUUUAAUACAAUAACUGAUGAUAAACAUACUGAUGAAAUGAUAGUUGAUAAUGAAGUAUCAACAAUAAGACGUAGUUUAAAUUCAACAAAUAAUACAAGUCAAAUUAUACAAGAUCCAAGAUCAAGAACAUGUUGUUUUUGUUGGUGUUGUUGUUGUUCAUGUUCAUGUAUACGUGUACGUGCAAAUCUUGGUGAAUCAAAAAGGCCGUCGGCAUCUAAUGAUCCACAAUCAACAGUAGAUUGUCAAAUUACCGAUGAAAAAAUAACCCUAGAAGAAUUAGAGAAAUGGGCAGAAUCAUUUGAUAUAUUAAUGAGAAGUUCAAGUGGUCAAAAAACAUUUCGUGAAUUUCUUCGAUCUGAAUACAGUGAAGAGAAUAUUAUGUUUUGGUUAGCAUGUGAAGAUAUUAGAAAAGAAAGUAAUUUAGAAAUUGUUGAAGAAAAAGCUCGUAUUAUCUAUGAAGAUUUUAUUUCAAUAUUAUCACCACGUGAAGUUAGUUUAGAUUCUCGUGUACGUGAAAUUAUUAAUUCUAAUAUGAUUGAACCAACACCUCAUAUAUUUGAUGAAGCACAAUUACAAAUUUAUACAUUAAUGCAUAGAGAUUCAUAUCCACGUUUUUUAAAUUCUAAAUUAUACAAAGAUAUGAUUGAAGAAAUUAAAAAUGAACAAAGUUGAGUUUCGAAACCAAUCUAACUUGUAUACACUCACACACACACACACAUACACUCACACAUAGAUACAAAACCAGUCAAAUACCAAUGUAAUUUGUAUACACUCAUUCACACACACUUACACAUAGAUACAAAAGCAGUCAACUAAUGAGGAAGUAAUUUUAUCCUAUCACUGUUUAACUAUCUUAAUCUAUCCUUCUCACUCUCUCUCUCUCUCCCUUUCUCUUCUCUAUUCCAUGAUAAUGUGAUAAUGUUUUCAAUUAAAAUGAAUGUUAUUCAUUGAAAAAUUGUAAGAUAAAAUUUUUUUAUCACUUUCAAUCUUAAUUCUCUCUUCUUUUUUUUUUACUCUGUAGAGGAAUUCACAAUGAAGUUUGUUUGUUUGAUGAACCUCUUUUUUUUACAACUGAUCUAUUAUUGUUGUUGCUACUACUAAUACUACUGCCCAAUACUACUACUUAUAUUCAUAUUAGUACUAUUAUACAAAACUGUAUAUAAUUAGGUGUAAUCGUUUGAAAUAGAAAUCCAAAAUCAUGACCUCAGUGAAUGAAUCAACUUUUUUUUCUCUCUUUGUAUCAUCAUUAUACUGCUACUAAUAAUACUACUUAUGAUACCCAACAGUGGUGGUAAUCUAGCUGACUGACUGACUGACUGACUGACUGGUGUCCAUUCAUUCCAACAAUGUAUAUUUUUUGUUCUAAAAUCUUCAUGAAGUUACACACACAUUUACACACAAACAAACAAUGAGCACAAACGCACAUCUACACAUACACACACACAAACACACAAAACCCCAAAUCAAUAUAAUGAUCAUUUGUUUUUUUUUGUUUGUUGGUUUUGUUCUCUUUUUUUUUCUAUUGAUGUUGUAUCAUUGAUUCAAACAGGCUGGUUCCUGUAUUACGUGAUCAAAUUGUGUUUUUUUUUCUCCUUUUUCCAUGUUUGAUUUGAUUAUGUAAUUGUAUGUUAUUACUGUUGUUGUUAUGAUUAUUAUUUUUCAUUAAAAGGGUAAUGGUUAUGAUUGUUUAUUUUUUUUCUUUCAUUGUUCCUCUUCAAUUUGUUUAUUUUAUUAUUGUUAAUGUUUAUUUUUUAAAGUUAGGAUUACAUUAAAGCUAUUUGAAUGAGGGGAGGGGGGGGUGGAGAAAG